AGAAAGAGAUGACAAUGACUUUGGGACUGCUCCUCAUCCUUUUGUUCCUACUAACAGGUGUCAGUGGAGACACUUGUUCUCUGUACACCAGAGUGGGAGAUACUGUAAGUCUGUCAUGUACCAAUGUGGUUUAUCCAAACUGCUCCUCAACUACAUGGACCUAUCACAGAACUGGAUUACGGAGUGCUAUUGAAGAGGUUGGACAUGGGAAGAUUAACACUAACUCAAAGAGAGCAGACAGACUGAAAGUGGGGUCUGACUGUUCUCUACAUGUUCGUGAUGUCAGAGGACAUACAGCCUCUACUGCAGGGACAACAAUGCCAGUCACCUCCACAUCUUCUAUUGGACAUACAGCCUCUACUGCAGGGACUACAAUGCCAGUCACCUCCACAUCUUCUAUUGGACAUACAGCCUCUACUGCAGGGACAACAAUGCCAGUCACCUCCACAUCUUCUAUUGGACAUACAGCCUCUACUGCAGGGACAACAAUGCCAGUCACCUCCACAUCUUCUAUUGGAAGUACAGCCUCUACUUCAGCACCAGUCUCAUCAGCCACCGCCCCGUCUUCAACUGACACUUCUUAUCAAACAACUGUGAGUUCUGUCAGGACAACCACCCAGCAGCAAUUAAAAACUGGUUCUCCUCCAACACAGAACAUCCCUGUUGUUGUGGGAGUGUCUGUGGGAGUGUUUGUGGCAGUUUCCAUAUCCGUCAUUGUCGCUGUCAUCAUAUUACACAGGAGAACCAAGAUUCAAAUGACAAAUGAUGUCAGCCUUGGUCUUAAUGCAAUAAAUCACUCCACCCCACCAGACAAUGAAGACAGGAGUCAACCUGCUGGCAGUAUCACCUAUGCCUCCAUCAACCACGUAGACCAAAAUCCCCACCAGAGAGUUGUCGCCCAUGGUGAGAAUGCAGUGACCUACGCCUCAGUUAUGACCUCUACUGACAGAGGAAGAAACACAAAGAACCCUGCUGACCCAACUCCUUUUAUUCUACUAUCAAUGCACCUCAGGGGAGUUAAGCCAUACAAAUCGUCACAAUGCAUUUCCACGUUGAUGCCGAGUGUCCAUCGACUUCAAAUGGGGCUGCUUACAACAGUUUCUUUCAGUGCUCCGAAAGUAGAUGGUGAUUGGAUAAAUGCUGCGAUUAUGUCCCGCCCACGG